UGCUUUUUAAGUUUAUAGGUUAGAAUUUUCGUAUUAUGUACGAGAUGAUGUUAUAAACUAAAAAUAGAAUGCAAGUAAUUAGGAAGAAUAUUUAUAAAAACUUCAUUUGAGUACUUCACUUCAAGGCAGUCUAUUAUUAUUUUAAACAUGUAACAAGAGAAGUCGUUUAAUUAGGUUUAAGUUUGUCAAGAAAUGGCACUACUGGGAGCACAACUGGUCAUCACUUUGAUAAUAAUUAGUUUAAUUCAAAAACUAGGGCACCAUUUUUCAUUUGGAAGAUGGUUAUUAUGUAGUACAGGUCUUAUAAGGUACCUUUAUCCUACAGAUGAUACCCUUCGGGAAUUAGCCCAUAUUCCCAAAGAAAAACCCGCAAAAAGAAAUAAGAUCUACGAAAAUGGUAAACAAAAAACGUUUCAUAUUCCCAAAGACCUGGAAUUUGAGCUUGAAACUGCCAAAAUUUCUGUACUCGAUGUAAUUCAUUUAAAGUAUUACACUGAAUACCAGUGGUUAUUAGAUUUUGCAGUUUAUGCAGCAAUAGUAUACACUUUGACUGAGGUGUACAAGUCAUUCUAUUCAAUAGAGAAUGAAAUUAAUUUGAGCAUAAUAUGGUGUACACUUAUAGUUGGUUAUGCUUUGAAAAUAUUAUUGUCUCUCACAAUACAGUAUUUCCGAAGUGAUGAGUCAAUUGGAGAAAGAUCUGCUUGUAUUGUUAUGGGAUUCAUUUAUCUCUUAAUUGCCAUGAUCUUUUUGAUUAUAAAUGAAAAUGUUCUUGAGCUUGGACUGGAGAAAGCAUACUCUAGUUUUAAUAGGACUGCUUCAACAUUUAUUAACACACAAAACAUAAAAUCAACAGGCCCAGCUUCAAAAAUAGUACUGAAAUUUUUCAUUUCGGUAUGGUGUGCCAUUUUGGGCACUAUUUUUACGUUUCCUGGAUUGAGAACAGGUAGAAUGCACUGUGACUUAUUAAAGUAAGUUUCAUGAAUAUAAAUAUUUAU